AUGAGCGAGUCGGUCUCUAGUCCGUUAAUCGCGGCCGCCAGCAGCGGCAACGUCGCCGGGCCGUCCAGCUCUGACGCCUCGGUCGCGCGGAACGAUGGGAACGGGGGGAACGGCGGCGCGCGCGCGCUGCGGAUAGCGGCGGUGGCGGCGGCGGCGGUGGUGGCGGCGGCAGUUGGAGCGACGGUGUGGGCAGGCGGUCCGUCGAGUAUCAUCUCUGUGUUCGCGAAGUCCGGAUUCACCGCCGCCUUUUCCCUCAUCUUCGUCUCCGAGAUUGGUGAUAAGACGUUCUUCAUCGCGGCGCUACUGGCAAUGCGCCACUCCAAGCUGCUCGUGCUGUGCGGGGCAGUGUCCGCGCUGGGCAUUAUGUCCGCCAUCUCCGCUGGCAUUGGCCGCCUCUUCCGCGAAGUGCCUGCUCAGCUGCACACCUCCAUCCCCGUGGGAGAGUACCUGGCAUGUGCGCUGCUCGUAUGGUUCGGUAUCCGGUCCAUCCAGUCCGCUCUCAAGCUGCCCGCCGCCACCCCCAUGCCUGCUGCUGCCGCUGCUGCUGCGCCGGCUGCUGGUUCGACCGCGGGGGCAGGGGAGGGGGACGAGGAGGAGGGGGAACUUGCAGAGGCGAGGGAGUUUGUGGAGAAGGCAGAGGCAGAGAAGCCAGUAGCCACUUCUCUGGAAGUCUUCUGGGAGGCCUUCUCCCUCAUCUUUCUUGCGUGCUGCGCUCUCUUCUUUGCCCGAGCAACAGCAAACGCUCGGGUACCACCCACCUUGUCUCUUCCCAAAACCAUGCACGAUGCACCUCCGUUCCGCCCCCCUGUCUCCUCCUCUGCCCCCGUAUCCCCCCCUGUCUCCUCUGCCCCCGUAUCCCCCCCUGUCUCCUCUGCCCCCGUAUCCCCCCCUGUCUCCUCUGCCCCCGUAUCCCCCCCUGUCUCCUCUGCCCCCGUAUCCCCCCCUGUCUCCUCUGCCCCCGUAUCCCCCCCUGUCUCCUCUGCCCCCGUAUCCCCCCCUGUCUCCUCUGCCCCCGUAUCCCCCCCUGUCUCCUCUGCCCCCGUAUCCCCCCCUGUCUCCUCUGCCCCCGUAUCCCCCCCUGUCUCCUCUGCCCCCGUAUCCCCCCCUGUCUCCUCUGCCCCCGUAUCCCCCCCUGUCUCCUCUGCCCCCGUAUCCCCCCCUGUCUCCUCUGCCCCCGUAUCCCCCCCUGUCUCCUCUGCCCCCGUAUCCCCCCCUGUCUCCUCUGCCCCCGUAUCCCCCUCUGUCUCCUCUGCCCCCGUAUCCCCCCCUGUCUCCUCUGCCCCCGUAUCCCCCCUGUCUCCUCUGCCCCCGUAUCCCCCCCUGUCUCCUCUGCCCCCGUAUCCCCCCCUGUCUCCUCUGCCCCCGUAUCCCCCCCUGUCUCCUCUGCCCCCGUAUCCCCCCCUGUCUCCUCUGCCCCCGUAUCCCCCCCUGUCUCCUCUGCCCCCGUAUCCCCCCCUGUCUCCUCUGCCCCCGUAUCCCCCCCUGUCUCCUCUGCCCCCGUAUCCCCCCCUGUCUCCUCUGCCCCCGUAUCCCCCCCUGUCUCCUCUGCCCCCGUAUCCCCCCCUGUCUCCUCUGCCCCCGUAUCCCCCCCUGUCUCCUCUGCCCCCGUAUCCCCCCCUGUCUCCUCUGCCCCCGUAUCCCCCCCUGUCUCCUCUGCCCCCGUAUCCCCCCCUGUCUCCUCUGCCCCCGUAUCCCCCCCUGUCUCCUCUGCCCCCGUAUCCCCCCCUGUCUCCUCUGCCCCCGUAUCCCCCCCUGUCUCCUCUGCCCCCGUAUCCCCCCCUGUCUCCUCUGCCCCCGUAUCCCCCCCUGUCUCCUCUGCCCCCGUAUCCCCCCCUGUCUCCUCUGCCCCCGUAUCCCCCCCUGUCUCCUCUGCCCCCGUAUCCCCCCCUGUCCCCACCUGUCUGUCCCACCCUGCUUCAUUCGUUCCUUCCGUGCACCUCCUCGUAUGCCCCCGCUGUCUCCCGUCACUACCAGAAUCCUGUGGGGGUGGCGAUGGGGGCCACGGUGGGGCAUCUCCUGGCAACAGGCCUCGCAGUCAUAGGAGGAGCUCUGCUCUCCAAACACAUAUCCGAGCGCUUCGUUGGCAUCGUUAGUGGGGUGCUCUUCCUUAUCUUUGCAGCCGCCACGAUCUUUGGCGUCUUCUAA